UACUGAAUUCUGAUGUAGAAUCCCUGCCAGCCCGCCUGACCGGUUUAUGUACUAUAAAAGCAAGUGCACCCACAGCAGCCAGUCACAUACCGUUAACAAUCGUUCAACGAGCAACAAUGAAGACCUUUGCUGGAAUAUUCCUGAUGCUUCUGCUGGCAGUGGCCAGCUUAGCAAUGCCGCAGCGUCGUCAGCUGAAGAGCCAACGUCAAGUGGAGCUAUCCAGCACGCCGUAUCCAGCAGCUGGCUUCCGGCCAAAGAUACCAUUCGAUCUGCCCAGCGAAAGACAGCCCAAGCUUGAGGAGCCGCUGGCCACCACAACAGCGGCAACGGCCAAAACUGAAGUGGAAGACUUUGGCAUCACAGAAGAGCAAAGCACCACCACCGAGCUGCUGGAGCAGGAGGUGCAGGUGAAUGCGCGCACACCGGCCAACACUUAUGGACCACCCAACCAGCCACCAGCAAGUCGCGAUGAUACCGUAGAGGUGGUGGCCCAGGCACCCGCUCGAGACUUUCAGCCACCCGUACGCGAGGCUGCGGAGGAUUUUGCAGCUGUUGCCAUUGAUGGCAUUGCUGCUGAACAGCAGCCUGUUGCUGAUCUGCCUGCCUUGGAGCAGCCCGAGACGACUGAGCUGAGCGAUGAAGAGGAGCUGCCCACGACCGAGGUUGCCCUCAAGGUGGCCGCCACACCCGCCAACACCUACGGAGCGCCCAAUACGCCCGCCAGCAGCUACGGCGCACCCGAGCUCGAGGAGCCCGACAACGAACUGGAAGCGGAAGAGUCACAGGUGGAGCUGGUCGAGGAGGCGGAGCAAGAGCUAAACGAAGCUGCCUUAGGUCUGGCCAGCGGUCGCCUAGUGCUGCUGCCCAUUAACGCCGCCGGCGCCCAAUUCGGACGCCUCAUUCUCGCAGUGGAGCAGCCCAAGCAGCAGCCUUUCAGACGCCAACGUGUGCGCAGUGAACGCCUGCGCCGCAACUAA